AUGGUUCGAGAGUACAAAAAGACUCAUCACAGUCGCAACGGCCAAAACUAUACGCCGUAUAAUAGCUACACCGAAACAAACAUGCAGGACGCCCUAAGAGAGAUUCAGUGUGGGAAUUUAACUUACAGAGAGGCAGCAACAAGAUAUAAAGUUCCUCGAUCUACUCUCUAUUUAAGAGCUUCUAACAAGAAUACGUUUAGUGUAGCAGGAAGGCCAUGCGCUUUGACAAUGGAGGAAGAAACCCUGAUCAUUGAUCAUUUGAAAACAUUAUCCGCCUGGGGUUUUCCUUUUGAUCUGUUAGACUUACGCCUGCUGGUUAAGUCAUUCCUGGAUAAAAUGGGGCGCGUCGAACGCAGAUUCACAAACAACACUCCUGGCCCCGAUUGGGGUUCAAACUUUUUAAAACGGCACAGAGGCAGAAUCUCCAACCGCCUGUCAGCAAAUAUAUCCACAAAACGAGCAAAAGUGAAUAGGGAAAACUUAGAUGUAUUUUUUAAUAAUGCUAAAGAUGUGUUUAAGGGCAUAGAUCCUUCCCUAAUUCUCAACUAUGAUGAGACCAAUUUAACUGAUAAUCCUGGUGCGAAAAAAUUUAUUUUUAAAAGAGGCUGCAAGUACCCGGAACGGGUAGUAAAUUCAACAAAAACUGCAAUUAGUUUAAUGUUCGCUGGGACCGCAGAUGGACAGCUUCUACCAGAAUACACGGUUUAUAAGGCAGACCAUAUGUGGGACAGUUGGACACAGGGAGGUCCGGUUGGAGCACGAUACAACCGUUCGAAGAGUGGGUGGUUCGAUGCCGCCUGCUUCGAGGACUGGUUCUUUACAAUUGUUGUUCCAUUUUUUAGAAAAAAGGAAGGAAAAAAGGUCUGUAUGCUUGUUGCUUUAUAUUUUUUUAUUUUUUUAAAACUGCGUCUUAUUUCUUACAGAUUAUAG